AUGGGGGCCCAGUUCAUCUUUGACAUACUUGGCUUCAUUUUCCUGGACAUGGUCGGGAUCCCAGGGAAUGUGGUCAUCCUCUAUGCCUUCGUUCACACGUUAGCGUGCCACCGGAAAGUCACGCUCUCGGAAAUCAUCCUGAGCAAACUCGCCCUUUCCAACCUCCUGGUGAUCCUGAGCCAGGGGAUUCCCUUCACGCUCAAAACAUUUUGGACCCAGAACGUGUUCAACAACCUGGGGUGCAAAAUUAUCCUUUAUGUUUAUUGUGUAGGAAGAGCCAUGACCAUCUGUGUCACCUCCCUGCUGGGCUGUUUCCAGUGUCUCCUCAUCAUCCCCUUCCCUUGCAGGUGGCUGCAUUGGAGAGAGAGCCUGUUGAAAAAUCUCUCUUCCAUCAUGAUUUCCCUGUGGUGCUUCAACCUCUUUGUGUGUAGCACCCGUCUGACUUACGGCUCUGCCCAGGGUGAUGAAAACUCCUCCACUCUUGGAAAUUGCACCGAGCUUUACAACUUCUGCUAUGUGAUGUUCCCCACCCGCUACUUUUACCUGGGAAAUAGGCUGGUGUUGGUCAUCAGGGACUUGUUCUUCCUUGGGGCAAUGACUCUUUCCAGCUGCUACCUUCUGUAUAUGUUUUAUCAGCAUGGGAAGCAAGCAAAACACCUACCAGGGUUGCACGUGAAGCAUGCAGAGAUCCAGGCAGCCAAAGCCGUGGUGGCCCUGUUAGUCCUGUAUCUUUUCAGCUUUGGGAUGGAUAGCAUCUUCUGGAUCUUUACCCUGUGUGUGGCCCCAGGCUCAAUGAGGCUUGUUGAUGCUCAGAUGUUCUUUGCUUCCUGCUACUCGGCCAUCGGCCCACUGGUGAUUAUCCUGACCAACAAGAAGGUGCAAACAGGCUUGAAGUCUACACCCAACAGGAGAGAGUUUCCAGUGGCAGAAAGUAUCUCAAAGCAUAUCCAUUGA